AUGGCUGACAAGCCCAGCGUGUUGUUCGUCUGCAUCCACAACGCCGGUCGCUCCCAAAUGGCCGCUGCCUACCUCACGCAUCUUGCUGGCGACGCUAUUGAGGUUCGCUCCGCUGGCUCAGCCCCGGCCACCUCCGUUAUUCCGAUUGUCGUCGAAGCCAUGCGGGAAGAAGGUAUCGACAUUACCAACCAGAAACCUAAGAUCCUUAGUCCCGAUGCUGUUCAAGCUAGCGAUGUUGUAAUCACUAUGGGGUGCGGAGACGCCUGUCCCUUCUUCUCCGGCAAACGCUACUUCGACUGGCAACUUGACGACCCUGCCGGGCAAGGCCUUGAUGCUGUCCGUCCAAUACGCAACAAGAUCCGUUCUCGCGUUGAGAAACUCAUUACCGAGCUUCAGCUGUCUAGCUAA